AUGUUGCACGAUAACCAGCCAGACCUACUCAAGACCACACUAACAGUAUGCUACAUGCCUGACUGCAAAUACGAGCCUCCUUUCGGCACAACUCCGCCUAAUUUCCACAUCUCAGUCUACGUUCUCGCACACAAGUAUGAUGCUCCUCGCAUCCAAUACUGGGCAUUGAGACACGCCGCUGCCCAUCUGAGACGGGUUCUGGACUCCAUGCAAUCCCACGUGCAAGAAGCCAAAAACCCAUCGCGGCAGGUCCUAGCCAGCACAGUCAAAGCGGCGUACGACGUCAAUGUCACGGACCGGAGUCAGGGAUUCGACAUGCUGCAGAACGCCAUCAUUGGUGUCGUCCUCAAUCACCCUGCGACCACAUCGUUUGGAGAGCCGAAGAUGCGUGCAUGGGACGUGAAACGCAUCGCCAGUCUGGUUCGGGGGAGAUUUGUUUUUGGUCAUGCCGAGCGUGCAUGUGCCCAAUCGUCACCAAUUUGCAGGUUGUGGACCCAAUUAAAUGCUCUGGCUAUGGCUUCUAGCAAUAGUUGGCAUGAGGCGAUGCUAGAGGAAGGUGUGGAAGUUGUGGUGCUGCGCAAAACUCGAAGAUUUGCGUAG